CGGUCAUGUGAUCAGCUGUGUCCAAUCACAGCUGAUCACAUGGGACAUGUACACUGAUCAUCAGAGCACUAUUGAUCAGUGUGCCCUGAUGAUCUGUGUAGCCCAAGCAGUGCCACCAUAUCAGUGCCAACCAGGGCACAUCAAUGCCACAUAUCAAUGCCCAUCUGAGCUGCCUUUCAGUGUCACCCAUCAGUGCCACCUAUCAAUGCCAAUCAAUGCCAUCUAUCAGUGCUGCCAAUCAGUGCCGCCUAUCAAUGUGCAUCAGUGCCGCCUAUCAGUGUUCAUCAGUGCCGCCUAUCAGUGCGCAUCAGUACUGCCUAACAGUGCCAGUCAGUGCUGCCUAACAGUGCCAGUCAGUGCCGCCUAUCAGUGCCAUAUGUCAGUGCCGUAUAUCAGUGCUGCCUUUCAGUGCCCAUCAGUGAUGCCUGUCAAUGCCCAUCAGUGCCACCUACCAGUACCUCCUCAUCAG